CAUUCUAUGUACACAAAUCAACUUGUAGAUUCUGCAAGAUUACCUAUAUUUCUUAUGCUACUUAAAAAACAUCUCCAAUUUAUAGAAAAAUCCAAAAAUGUUGGCCAUCCAAAGUUAUGGGGAAAGUGAUGAAGAUAUUGAAGAGCCAAAAACGGAUGAGGACAAAUCCAAUGAAGAAAAUAAACAAAGUUCAAAUGAUGAGACAUCCAAAAAUAAUGCACUUAUUCAUUUAAUGCCGAUACCUGAACAAAACAAAGUGUUUUCCAUUAAAAAUAAGUUACAAGUUUGUGCCGCUCCAGUGGUUCUUCCUACUGGUAAAGAAGAUUCUACUGUUCACAUUGACCCACAUGCAAAGGAAAUCCUAUUCAAUCCGAAGUAUGAAGAAUUAUUUGCUCCAGUGCUGGGUCCUGAAAAUCCAUUCAAAACGCAACAACAUCAAGCUACGAGAAAUAUGCUAUCAGGUUAUGUGGAAGCUGCACAUGUUAGUUCCUUCCAAUUUGAAAAUCAAAGAAGAACAUUCAAUAGUUUUGGCUAUGCCCUUGACCCAACGGUUGGUGAGCAAAGUGCUGAUCAAGUUAUAGGUACAACUGAAGAAGCUAGUACCUCUGAUAUGAAAACUGUAUUUGAAUCUACCAAGUUAAGACCUUUAGAUAAGAGGAAAAGGAGGAGAAAUAAUGAUCCAGAAGACAUUGAAGGCUUCCUUGGUCCAUGGGGAGGAUAUGUAGAUGAACAAAAAAUUGCAAAGCCUACUGAGGAAGAAGCUGCUGAGUUAGAAGAAUUAGUGUCAAAGAGGAAUAAGCGUGGUAAACCAGUUGAAGAAAAACCAUUGGAGGAGAAAUCGAUAUUACACAUCAAGGAUCCCUUGGACUAUCAAGGAAGGUCAUUUUUACAUGCACCCCAAGAUGUGGGUGUCAACUUACGUUCAGACAGCCCUCCAGAAAAGUGUUUCCUGCCAAAAGCCCAUAUCCAUACAUGGACAGGACACACCAAGGGUAUUCAUGCUAUUCGAUGGUUUCCAAAAUCGGCUCAUUUACUAUUAUCUGCUAGUAUGGAUUGCCGUAUUAAACUCUGGGAGGUAUACAAUGAAAGGAGAUGCAUCAGAACAUACUACGGACAUCGACAGGCUGUCAGAGAUAUCAAUUUCAACAAUUCAGGAAAGAACUUUUUAUCAGCAGCUUUUGAUCGUUACAUAAAAUUAUGGGACACCGAGACUGGACAGGUUGUUUCAAGGUUCACCAGUAGGAAGAUUCCAUAUUGUGUUAAGUUUAAUCCUGAUGGCAACAAGCAACAUUUGUUUGUUGCAGGUACAUCUGAUAAAAAAAUUAUUUGCUGGGAUACAAGAUCUGGAGAUAUAGUACAAGAGUAUGACAGACAUUUGGGCGCUGUAAAUACCAUUACCUUCGUUGACGGCAAUAGAAGAUUUGUAACGACUUCUGACGACAAAAGUUUGAGAGUUUGGGAAUGGGAUAUUCCUGUGGACAUGAAAUAUAUUGCUGACCCUACCAUGCACAGUAUGCCAGCUGUAACGCCUGCUCCUAAUGGCAAAUGGCUUGCUUGUCAAAGUUUGGAUAAUAAGGUGGUUAUAUUUUCUGCGCUGAACAGGUUCAAGGUCAAUAGGAAGAAAACCUUUACAGGCCAUAUGGUAGCAGGUUACGCUUGCAGUUUAGACUUUUCUCCUGACAUGAGCUAUCUAGUUUCUGGAGAUGCAGAUGGAAAAUGUUUCAUUUGGGAUUGGAAAUCAACAAAGGUCUUCAAGAAAUGGAAAGCUCACGAUAAUGUUUGCAUCAGUGCCCUUUGGCAUCCUCACGAACCAAGUAAAUUAGUAACAGCUGGGUGGGAUGGAAUAAUUAAGUAUUGGGAUUAAAUAAGAAAAACACUUUAUUAUGAAAAUGAAUUUGUAAAUAUAUAUUAUGUAAAUAUUUCUUUUACAUCCUCCUGUAUAUCAUUCAUAAUUUUAUCUUGAACUCAUUAAAAAAAAAUAAGAUGAGAAUAUAAAUGGAAUAAUGUAUUCUAAUAUAGAAAUAAAGUUAUGAUUGAUUAUUAA